GGCUAUACUUUCUUUCUUCCUAUCUAUCCCCCCUUCCUUCCUUCCCGUCCUGGUUCGCAGGCAGACUCAGGACAGAUUGAAACCCAGCUGUGUUCGUCGCUUUUGCUCGUUGCCAUUUUCCCCCCUCAUUGCCCGGUGAUGUUGGAUAUGGGAGAGCGCAAAGAGGUGAAAAUGAUUCCUAAAUCGUCGUUCACUAUAAACAGUUUGGUGCCCGAGGCCGUGCAAAGCGACAACAACAACAGCAGCAGCCACCAGACCCAGCAUCACCACCAGAACCACCAGAACCACCACCACCACCAGAACCACCACCACCACCGGCCCGGAGGCGGCGGCGGCGGAGCGGACGACGCCGAGCACAAGGCUCCGCUCCCGGCCGCGCAGCAGGACGCGAAGGCGGACACGAAGAGCGGAGAGUCCCCGAGCCAGGAGAGCUGCCCGGACGAGAAGGACAAGCAGCAGCAGCAGGACGAGAAGAAGGACGGGAAGGACCCGGACGGAGGCUCCGGGGGGAAGGACGGAGACAAGAAGAGCGGCAAGUACGAAAAACCCCCGUUCAGCUACAACGCGCUCAUCAUGAUGGCGAUCCGGCAGAGUCCCGAGAAGAGGCUCACCCUCAACGGCAUCUACGAGUUCAUCAUGAAGAACUUCCCGUACUACCGGGAGAACAAGCAGGGCUGGCAGAACUCCAUCCGACACAACCUCAGCCUCAACAAAUGCUUCGUCAAGGUCCCGCGGCACUACGACGACCCGGGGAAGGGCAACUACUGGAUGCUGGACCCGAGCAGCGACGACGUGUUCAUCGGCGGAACCACCGGGAAGCUCCGGCGGCGCUCCACCACGUCCCGGGCCAAGCUGGCCUUCAAGCGGGGCGCGCGGCUCACCUCGGGCCUGACGUUCAUGGACCGGGCCGGGUCCCUGUACUGGCCCAUGUCCCCCUUCCUGUCCCUGCACCACCCGCGGGCCGGCGGCGCCCUGGGCUACAACGGCACGUCGUCGGGCUACCCGGGCCACCCCAUGUCCUACGGCACCAUGCUGACGCAGAACAUGGGCCAGAACCACUCGUCGUUCCCGUCGUCCAACGGGCUGAGCAUGGACCGGCUGGUCGGCGGGGACCUGCCCUACGCCACGCACCACCUGACGGCGGCGGCCCUGGCGGCCUCGGCGGUGCCCUGCGGCCUCUCCGUGCCUUGCUCCGGUGCCACUUACUCCCUGAACCCGUGCUCGGUCAACCUUCUGGCCGGACAGACUAGCUACUUUUUCCCGCACGUGCCGCACCCGCCCAUGAGCGCGCAGAGCGGCGGCGGCGGCAGCGGCGGCUCCUUGCAGGCCGCCCGGGCGUCGGCCUCCAACUCCCCGCAGGCUCCGUCCUCCUCGUCGCUGUCGUGUGAGUCUCUGCGGCCGCUGUCCGGGUCCCUGCCCGCCUUCUCCACGGGACUGUCCGGGGGGCUGUCGGACUACUUUACGCACCAGAACCAGGGCUCGACCUCGAACCCGCUUAUACACUAACGAACACCCCCAGAACCCCCCACCCCUGAUCCCCCUCCCCCCAGGACCCCUGUACCCACCCGCCGGAGGAUCCCCCGUCAGACUGGAGCUGAAGUCGAACAUUUUCAUGAACAUGUACAUGUAAAAAAAUGACAAAUGAUUCUAGAAACAGAGGAGAGACUCAAAGCGCAGCAGACAGAAAGAAAAGCAGCCGUGAAGUUUCCAGGUAUUUUUUCAUCUUCUUCUCCUUCUUCUCCUUCUUCUUCUUCUCUGCAGUUGCCUCUGUGUGUACAUACUGUCCGUAUGUCCGGCCUUCGUCUGUAGUUUCUGUCCGUCAGAGCCGUGCAAUGAGAAAAAAAACCGAGAGAAUGAGGAGGCAUGACUUUACUAGAAUGUGUAUUUAAAAUAGUUUGGUCUAAUUUUGAGAUUUAAAAACAAUAAAAAUGAUAAUAAUGAUAAUAAUAAUAAUAAUAAUAAUAAUAAUAAUAAUAAUAAUAAUAAUAAUAGCCGGUUUGUCCGCAUGUUUGCAGUAUUAUCAGGUCUCAUGCGGGUUAGAAAUGAAAAAAGCGGCGGAGAAAUGAUUCGAAACUAAUUAUUUUCUUUUCUUCAGUCAAAUGUCUCCUUUUCUUCUUUCUUCUUGUUGUUCUUUUUCUUGUUUUUCUUCUUCUUUUCAUUCAUUCUUUUGUUCAUCUCCAGUUUUUUUUUCCCCAUAAACUGUCCUUUUAGACCAAAGAUCAGCGGGUUUCGGAUCAUUUUGCGUCAGUAUUUGCGGAACAUGGAGGCCUGAUGAGUGAGUGUGUGUGCUUGAACCGACGCCUCCUUCGCUGCAGAAAACGUCCAUUUCAACGAGAUUUCGCCGCCGCUUUUGGCUCCUUUAGUUUCAUGAAAAAUUGCGGAAAUUAGAGGAGUUUGUUGGCGCCGAUUUGAACCAAUUUGAAGGAAUGUUUUCUCGGCGCAUUUUUGCCUUAUUCCGCUGCUUUGACUCGUGAAGCUGCGCUCAUUUCCUCUGUAAUUCCCCUCAUUUCAGGGCUGUUUUUUUGCGCAGAAGUCUCGUUGCGCACAUGGAUGUUUUCCGCAGUUGCAGCCUGUUUUGUGCUUUUCUCUGACUGUAAACGUGGCGCCGAAUAAACGACGCUCACGCUCCUUCUUCUGAUUCUUUAAUUUCUUUUGUAUAAUUAGUAAAAGAGAGAGAAAAUGUCUAUUUGUAAUCUGAAUCUUGAGUUUUCCUUUUUUGCGCAGAGGAAGAACAAUGUACAAACCCGUUUGUUUGACAGAGGAGUAAAAAAAACAUGCCUCAUUAUCUAAUAACUACUUGGAAUGAUUGUCCUUUAAUUGUCGUCUCUAAAAACAAUUUUUCAUGGUUGUGAUACUAUUGUGGUCUUAUUCUUAUUCCCGUGUUUGUCGCUUACAAAAGUUAAAAAAGAGAAAAAAAUGUUUUAAUCAUAAAAAAAUCCAAAUAAAAGAAUAGGUUCCAUUCAUAA